AGAGACAGCCAGCAUAUGUGAGACAGGCAGACAUUUAGACAUACAUAGUAUAUGCUAGGAAAGACAUGAAUUUCUAAAUUGCCAAUUACUACACUCAGAGAGUCGGUGACGUGUCGAGGGAAAGAAUCUGUAUGAGGUGUGGAGCGCUCUCUGUCCAGUAAUAAUGGAGCAGCUUGUCCCCCAGGAGGUGGAGCAGAUAUUGCUGGAGUUCCAGCUGCAGGAAGAGGACCUGAAGGUUUUGAUGCGUAGAAUGCAGACUGAGAUGGAAAGAGGUCUUCGCUUGGAAACCAACGAAGAAGCUAGCGUUAAAAUGUUACCAACCUAUGUGCGUUCCACACCUGAUGGCUCUGAGGUGGGGGACUUCUUGGCCUUGGAUCUUGGUGGCACUAACUUCCGAGUCAUGCUAGUGAAGGUUGGGGAGGACCUGGAUGGACAAUGGAGAGUGGAGACAAAGCAUAAAAUGUACUCAAUUCCUGAGGAUGCCAUGACGGGAACAGCAGAGAUGCUGUUUGAUUACAUUGCAGAGUGUAUAUCCGACUACCUGGACCAGCAAAACAUGAAACACAAGAAGCUGCCCUUGGGUUUUACCUUCUCCUUCCCAGUCAGGCAUGAAGACAUCGACAAGGGAAUUCUCUUGAACUGGACCAAAGGAUUUAAAGCAUCUGGGGCGGAGGGGAACAACGUGGUUGGCCUUCUGAGGGAUGCUAUUAAAAGACGGGGGGAUUUUGAGAUGGACGUGGUUGCUAUGGUGAACGACACAGUUGCUACAAUGAUCUCCUGUUACUAUGAAGACCAUCGGUGUGAAGUUGGCAUGAUAGUGGGAACAGGCUGCAAUGCCUGCUACAUGGAGGAGAUGUGCAAUGUGGAGCUGGUGGAGGGGGAGGAGGGCCGCAUGUGCGUAAACACAGAGUGGGGAGCAUUUGGGGAUACAGGAGAGCUGGAGGAUUUCCGGUUGGAAUAUGAUCGAGUGGUGGACGAGUCCUCUCUAAAUCCUGGUCAGCAACUUUAUGAGAAAAUGAUCGGUGGGAAGUACAUGGGAGAGCUGGUCCGAUUAGUCCUCAUGAAAAUGGUGAAUGAGAAUCUUCUGUUUGGAGGAGAAGCAUCUGACAAACUGAAGACCAGAGGGUCCUUUGAAACGCAGUUUGUCUCACAGAUAGAAGCAGACUCUACAGACUUUAAGCAAACCUGCAACAUCCUGCGAACGCUUGGCCUCCAGCCUACCAUGGCUGACUGCUACGCUGUGCGCCUGGCAUGUGAAAGCAUCUCCUCCCGAGCCGCAGCCAUGUGUGGAUCAGGCCUUGCUGCAGUGCUCAACCGUAUCCGUCAAAAACGGCGGGAGGAUCUUCUCCGGAUUACUGUGGGCGUGGAUGGGUCUGUUUACAAGUUGCACCCUAGCUUUAAGGACAAGUUCCAUGCCACGGUGCGCAAACUGUCUCCAAACUGCGACAUUACCUUCAUCCAGUCCAACGAGGGCAGCGGCCGGGGAGCCGCUCUGAUAUCUGCCGUGGCUUAUAAAAUGGCUUGCCUGAUUGGCCAUUAGCGGGCAUCGCCCCAAUGAUGUACAGACCUCUUCUUCACCUUAGUUCACACGGUUUACUGAUUAGGUGGAAAAAGUAAAACAAAACAAGGACAAUAUGCACUUUUCCGAUGGAGAGGACCAGUGUCAAGUUGGACCUUUAUCAUUUUUGUACUAAAAGUAUUCCGUUUCCUAUCAAAA